CAUAGAGAAAAAUACCAAAAUAGGACUUUCAUGUUUUUCCCCAAAAUAGGACUUUGCAAUGUGGUAAUGUGUCUUUGUACUGUGGUAAUGUGACAGUGUACAUGUGCACAUUACUAUACUUUUUUGGUAAUGUAUAUGACCAUGUUUGGUAAUACAAAAACUCCAUGGAUUUGAGCCAGCCUUCUUCUGAUCAUCUCUGUUAUGUCCGCUGCAGCUUUUGCAACAACGUUCUCGCGGUUGGGAUUCCAUGCAAGAGAGUGUUGGAAACAGUGACAGUGAAAUGUGGGCACUGCAGCAACCUUUCCUUUCUCACCACUAGGCCUCCAUUUCAGCCCCAGUGCUAUGAUCACCUCACUAAUCUUCAGGUAUCAUGCAAUGGUUACAAGAGGGGUCAAUCAUCGUCUACUUCGCCGAUAUCGGCCGAACCAUCUUCCCCAAAGGCUCCUUUCGUCGUUAAACCUCCUGAGAAGAAACACAGGCUUCCAUCAGCCUACAAUCGCUUCAUGAAGGAGGAAAUUCAACGCAUCAAAGCAGCCAAUCCAGAGAUACCCCAUCGUGAAGCUUUCAGUGCCGCUGCCAAAAAUUGGGCAAGAUACAUUCCAAACCCACCCUCAAGCAGGUCCGCACCAGAGACCAUUGCACCACCAAUGCUUAAUUAGAGCUAAUAAUUAACAAGCUAAGUUGGUGGAUGAUCCAAGCAAGUGUGGCUGGGCUCAAUGCAUGAAGACAAAUUGUGGGAUCUCAAUUUAAUUGUUUUAUGUGUCAACUUUAUUUUAUUUGUAAUUUUGUGAACUUAAUUGCUGUUUUUAUU